AGCUCUAUACUGUACCAUUUUUUAAAAAAAUUUGAUCCACUGUAAACUGCUAAAGGGCAGGGGCUUUUCUCCAUACAUAGAGAUUAGGUUUCACAUUAAACAAUAGUAUAAAUAUGAAUAAAGACCUAAUAUAUACUUCAUACAUAUUUAUAUUAUAAUAUAAUAUCUCUAUUACAUAUUAUAGUCUGCUAUAGCAUAAUAAUACUAACAAACUUUUCAUCCCAAUUGCUUAAUAUCAAUUCCUUUUCUAAAGAAAAGACUGCAAAAAUGGAAAAGAGAUAUUUUGACUACCUGUCAUGUGAGAAAACUGGAAUGAGGAACAAAAGCUGUGUGACCACUUUCAUGAUGAUGGGUCUCUCUGAAAAGCCUAAGCUGCAGUUGAUACUCUUCAUUCUGUUCCUUGCUGUUUAUAUUGUUGCCCUCAUUGGAAAUCUUGCCAUCAUUGCUGCUAUCAUUUCCUAUCCUAAACUUCACAGGCCAAUGUAUUUCUUCCUCUUCCACUUGGCUGUGGUAGACAUAAUCUGCACUUCUGCCAUUAUUCCCAAGAUGCUAGGAAACAUAGCAACCUUCAGCAAGGGUAUCUCCUACUCUGGCUGUAUAGUUCAACUCUAUUCCUUCACCUGGUGUUUGGGAGCUGAGAUGGUCCUCUUCACCAUCAUGGCUUAUGAUCGCUAUGUGGCCAUAUGUCAUCCUCUACAUUAUGCCAUCAUGAUGAGCAAGAAAGUAUGCAUGGCACUAUCUACAGUGGUGAUUCUUAUAGCUAUUAGUAACUCAUGGGUGCAUACUGGUCUGAUUAUGAGGCUCAACUUUUGUGGUCCCAAUGGUAUCAACCACUUCUUUUGUGAGAUUCCUCCACUUCUGGCUCUCUCCUGCAGUCCAGUAAGAUUAAAUGAAGUAUGGGUCUUCACAGCAGACAUCUUCCUAGCUAUGGGAAACUUCUUGCUAACAUGCCUAUCUUACUGCUUCAUUGUUAGAACAAUCCUUAAAAUCAAGACAUCUGAGGGAAAGAAAAAGGCCUUCUCCACGUGUUCAUCUCACCUUAUUGUUGUGACCUUGUAUUACUCUACUGUCAUUUAUACUUAUAUACGUCCAGCUUCCAGCUAUAACUUUGAAAGAGAUAAAGCAGUUGCUGCCCUAUACACAUUGGUUACACCAGUUUUAAAUCCCAUAGUUUAUUCUCUGAGAAAUAAUGAUGUCAAGGCAGCUCUUAAAAAAGUUUUCUUUAUAACAUGAGUUAGAUAUUCAAGUCUCUCCAUGUUCUUUCACCAGAAAUUCAGUGUUAUAUUUUGAGUUUUCAUUCUUUGCUUUGAUUUGUUUUAAGGAUGGUACUAAUUAUAAAUGUAAAUGUACAGUAUUUAUUACUUGUUUAUCCAACAUUUUAUGAUUUGUAGUUCAAUGAAUGAACUAACCCUGUUUCAAAGUACUUUUGCAGAUGAGAUGAAAUAGGAGCUUUUUCUCUACAGUAUUUGGUGUUGGUCCACACAGAUUAUUAGCAUCAAGAGUUAAAAACAAUUGUGUGAAUCAAUCUUGUGUAGUUUAGAAAAACCAAUUUCAAGAUUCUUGUUUCCAAUGAAGAAUUUUGGUUGAGAUGAGGGCAUGGUUUUCUUGGAAUUAUUAUGGUCCUAAAGAAAACAAACUAAUGAAAAGGAAUAAACUGAGACAAGGUGGUAUAGUAAAUAUAACAAUUGAUCUUCUGAUCCUACUUAUACUUUCUAAAUAAGUAUGUUGGGUAUGAAGACUCUGGAGAAAUUGAAAGAAACCCGAAGUAGGUAAUCAUGGUUUAGAACGUGAAAAAAAAACCCACUAUUGAUUUGAUCAAUCAUCAGCAAAAUUUGAAAAAAAUACAAUAUAAAUAUAAAAUCAAAUAGAUGAGAUAAAAUACUAGCAUAUAUCGUUACAUUUUUCUGAUUUUCUUGAGUCAUAUUAAAAUUCUUUUCUUGAUGUUUCUUUGCAUAUCAGUUUCAAAGAAACUGCAUUGUAAAGAUAUAUUCAGUUCAUUUAAUUGUUAAAUUUGUAAACCUUCUAAAUAAAUAAAAUAAAAUGUCCUACAUUAAACAUCCUAAUAAUACUAUUUACCUUAGGCUUUAGAAGUGUGUCUCAAUGAUGGAUUAGUAUGAGGAAGUUGUGUAAUGAGAAAUUGCAGUGUCAUUCAUUGUUUUUAUUAAUUCUCCUAACUUUCCUAACUUCUCCUAUAUCGUUUUAAACUUUAAAACUUCCCACAAUCACUGGAACUAUAAUUCCCACAUUUUCCAAUCAGUAUGGAAUGUCUAAUUGGAAAUUUAGGUGAUUGUAAUUCCAAUAGCUUCUAAUAAUAAUUGUAAUUAUAUUUAUAAUAGAAGCAGUACUAAUAGAACCAGUGUAAUUUGCAAUAUAAAUAUUAUAGCUGUGCUAAUUUUAAAAAUGCAAUGUGCGCAUCCAAAAUGUAUACAGAAUAACAGAAUAAUAAAGUUGGAAAGGAUCCUAGGCAUGAAAUACUAUACCAUUCAGACAAAUGGUUGUCCAAUCAUCUCCUGUGUUGGACAAAUAAAGUUCAGAACUAAUAACAUUACAAAUAUGAAUGCUUAAAAUAUGCAAAAACAAUAAAAGGGUCAGGUGGAGAUGAAAAAAGGAUAAAUACUGAGAAGUAAUGGAUAACAGCCAACAAUGGUAUAUGAGAUUCUAAUUAUCAUAUUUAAUGCAAUAAAAAAGAGUCUGCUUUUCUGAACCAUCCAUAGAAUUUGAAUUGUCUUUAAAGGUAGGUUCUCAUAGAAGCCAAUAUUUGUUGAAGAUUUGAUGUAAUGAUAUGCAUAUCUAAACUUAAAAUCUCCUUCUUUACAUUCAGUGCAGAAGAUAACUUGUCUGAAGCUGAAGAAAUAUAUUCCUGAUGACUGCUGCUACUUAUGCUUCUAUAAUUAGCAGUAAAUCUAGAAGGUUGCCAUUAUGGAUUUGAUCCUUCAAAGGAAUAGCAACCCCAUCCAAUAUCAGAUGAAUCUUUCAAUCCAGUUCAAUGAGUUUCAUUCACAGUCUGUUGAGUUUGAGCUGAUUAAAUUUCAGCAACUUUAUCUAAGCAUAUUCAACAAGAGUUCCAAUGAUCCCACAGCAUUAAAAUGUGGAAAUGAAAUAAAAGUUUAUGCAAAACAAAAGUAUAGCUGUGUAUCAUCUGAAUAAAGAUGAAAUGUAUCCAAAUCUCAA